ACUGGUUCACUCAAGCCUUUAAAACACUCUGCAUGAGACAUCCUGUAGAAACCGCAGACAACACGGCAGUAACUUUAACUCGAGGUUUGCAUCACUUUCAGUAGCCUAUUGGACAUUUAGAAAGAACCGGUGUCUCUAAAACUGAAAAUGGAGGAGAUCCAGAUUGAGACAAGACAUUUGCUUGACAAGGACCUCCAGGGAUUAAGAGAAGCUGUUCAGCAGCUUGAGAUAAAGGAGCAUGAUGUUGAGACGCCAUACGGCAGAAUCCACUGUACCAUGAAGGGAGUCCCUAAAGGAGACAGACCUGUCAUUCUCACCUUCCACGACAUUGGAUUGAACCACAAGACCUGCUUUGACACAUUGUUCCAACAUGAGGACAUGGCGGAGAUCAUGCAGCACUUUGCUGUGUGUCAUGUGGAUGCACCAGGACAGCACGAAGGUGCCAAUACUUUUUCCACCGGAUAUGAGUAUCCUUCUAUGGACCAGCUCUCUGAGACACUUCCUCUGGUCCUGAAACAUUUUGGUCUGAAGAGUGUGAUCGGGAUGGCGGUCGGAGCCGGAGCCUACAUUCUUGCAAAAUUUGCUCUGGACUACCCUAAAAUGGUGGAGGGUAUCGUUUUGAUCAACAUCAAUCCCUGUGCUGAGGGCUGGAUGGACUGGGCUGCACAAAAGAUCAGUGGAUGGACUCAUGCCAUGCCCGACAUGAUCAUUAGCCAUCUAUUUGGAAAAGAGGAAAUUCAAAACAACCACGACCUGAUUGGCACAUACCGCCACCACAUCUUGAAUGACAUGAAUCAGUACAACCUGCAUCUCUUUGUCAAGGCAUACAACAGCCGAAGAGACUUGGAAAUUGAGAGGCCUGUUCCUGGAGGAAACAUUAAUGUCAGAACUCUCAAGUGCCCCUCUCUUCUUGUAGUUGGAGACAGCUCUCCUGCAGUGGAUGCUGUGGUGGAGUGCAACACCAAGCUGGACCCGACCAAGACCACACUGCUCAAGAUGGCUGACUGCGGCGGCUUGCCACAGGUUGACCAGCCUGGAAAACUGACUGAAGCCUUUAAAUACUUUAUACAGGGAAUGGGCUACAUGCCAUCAGCCAGUAUGACUCGCCUGGUCCGCUCUCGCACUGCCUCUGGCUCCAGCGUCACCUCCUUCGAUGGCAACCGCAGUCGUUCCCACACCAACGAGGGCAGCCGCAGUCGGUCACACACCAACGAAGGCAGAGGCCGUGCCCACACCGCUGAUGCCCAACGCGUGCGCUCCCACACCGACUCCGCAGACAACAACUCUGUGGGCCAGUCCACGCUCAAAUCUACUGAAGUGUCAUGCUAAAGCAACUCCACCCUUCCCUAAACCCUGCCAUGCACUUCCUUUAACAUACUUUCUUUCUCUUAGCUCUAUGUAUGUGUGUGUUGUGUUGUCACAAAAAUGCCCAGGAGUGCAGGCCACCAGCUUUGGGCACACACUCCUCCCAGGAUACUACUGAAUUAGUCAGAAUGUAUUAUUUGAGGGAUCUUCUGGGAAAGUCUAUAUGAAGUAAAAAUAUUUGACACUUCUAAUCUGUUCAUGUACCCCCUUUUGGCGGGAUGCUUUAUGCAGAAAACACAGCACCGAAACAAUGUAAGCGAGAGAAUGAGGUUUAGGAAACGUACAGGUUUGUAUGUACUUGUACUUUGUACUUAAUAGUACUCUUCAUGCAUUAUCAAUUUACUUUCUUUGCAUUCUCAUUUAUUUGAUUGUAGUGACACUUAUCUCACAAAUGCCUGUAAUUGGCAAAGUUUUUAACAGUAAUGUAUUUGCUUAUUAGUUUUUAAUACUGGAUUUAUUUUCUGUAUAUUUUGAACGUGAUUGAUGAAAGGAUAUGGUGGUGGAUGUAAGGGUUGGCAUUUUUCUGUGCUAGCUACCUUAAAAAUAAAUGAUGUGUGUACACAGGUUA